AUGUAUGUCAUUCGUUCAAUUAUCUACCUAGUUGCUCAUGCCCUCAUUGAAGAGGCUGAAUUGGUUAUAAACAUAAAGAAGGCAACAAGUCCUGAAGAAACUGCUCCCAAGCAGAAACACGUUAGGAAGUGUAUCGUUUACACCUGGGAUUAUCAUUCAUCGAUUUCUUUCUGGAGCGGUUUGAGAGUACAGCCUAUCCUGGCUGACGAAGUACAGACCUUCAAGGCCCUGAUCACUGUGCACAAAGUUCUGCAGGAAGGACACCCAAUCACUCUCAAAGAAGCUCAUGGUCAAACCGCAUGGCUGGAAACAUGUGCACGAACUGUUGGGACAGAUGGUCAAAGGGGUUAUGCCCCUCUCAUCAGGACUUACGUCCAAUUUAUCUUGGCCAAACUUCGCUUCCAUCGUCUCCGUCCGGAAUUUAAUGGCCUGUUUGAAUACGAAGAAUAUGUUACCUUGAAGGGCAUCGAUGACCCUAAUGAAGGCUAUGAAACCAUUUCAGACCUCAUGGGCCUUCAAGAUCAGAUUGAAUCCUUCCAAAAGACUGUCUUUUCUCAUUUCGGCAAUUCAAGUAACAAUGAAUGUCGAAUUUCUGCUCUAGUUCCUUUAGUAAAAGAAAGUUGGGGUAUUUAUCGAUUCAUAACCAGUAUGUUGAGGGCCAUGUUUAGAAGAACGAAUGAUCAGGACGCCCUGGAACCGUUGCGAGAAAGAUAUAUAUCACAGCACUACAAUCUUCGAAAGUUCUACUAUGAGUGCUCCAACCUUAAAUAUCUAACUGGUCUCAUUAACGUGCCUAAACUGGGCCACGAACCCCCAAAUCUUUUGGAUUCUGGCGAUACACCAGAUCUACCUGCCCGACCUAAACCAUCAACAGCGAAACCUUCCACCCCGCUUCCUGCUUCGUUAUCACCAAGUGCAGCAGAAAUUGACGAACAGGCACGUCUUCUUAAGGAAUACGAAGACAAGCAGGCAGCGCUUCAAGCACAACGAGAUGCAGAAGAACGACGUCGCCUCGAAAUUGAGCAGCAGCAACAACGGGAAUUUGAACAACGUCAAUUGCAGCAAGCGGAAGCCCAGAGAUUAGCUCAGGAACAAUUAAUGCAGCAGCAAAUGAUGUACAACAACCAAGCUGUGCAGCAGCAGCAAGGUGAACUGGAACGAGAACUUCUAGCCAUGCGGGGUCAAUAUGAGAGCGACCAAAUCUUUUUGGAGCAAUAUGACCGGCGUGUAAAAGCCCUUGAAGCUGAAUUAAGCGGAGUUAACGCCCAUAUAAACACACAACUUGCCACUAAAGAUGAACUUAUCAAACAAUUGCAGGAUCAGGUCACCCUAUGGCGUAAUAAGUACGAGGCCUUGGCUAAACUCUAUAGCCAACUCCGCACGGAACAUUUAGAUAUGCUAUCCAAAUUCAAGCAAAUGCAACUGAAAGCCAAUUCCGCACAAGAAGCGGUUGAUCGUAUGGAGAGGAUGGAGCGCGAUUUGAAAGCAAAAAACUUAGAACUGGCGGAUAUGCUCAGAGAACGUGAUCGGGCACGCUUCGAUAUCGACAGGCAGAAGUCAACCCACAAGGAAGAAAUCGACAGGCUCCGUCGCGAGCUUGCCUUUGCAAACGAGCGAGCUGAAGAUAGUUCUCGUUCCAAGAACUCCGAAGUGUCCAAUGUCAUGUCAAAAUACAAUAGACAGUUGUCAGAGCUCGAGGACUCUCUUCGCGCUAAGCAAAUGCAAAUUGAUGACCUGCUCGUCAAACUCAACAAUUCAGCAGGUGAUUUGGAGCGAUUGAGAGACGAAAAAGAUCAAGAAAUUAUGAUUCUCCAAGCUGGUAUGGACAGCACUAUUGAACAGCUAUCAGAAGCCCAACAGAACAAAGAUCUGAUCGAUAAAACUACUGAUGCCCAAAUUGAUACGCUUAUUCUCGAUAACCGCAAAAAAUUGAACCAAAUUAUUGGCAAGUUGAUUGUCGAUGAUGCUAUCUAUGAACUAGAAUCACCCAGUCAGGCAGGCAAUCUCAAUUCAACCCCAGAAUACACCCUCUCUAUGAUCGAAAAGUCGAUGAACAAUGCCACAGAGUUUGCGACGAUUUACAAUCUUUACUUAGGAGGUGAAGUUGGUGGGGACCAUGUUGACGUGAUUAAAUCUGCAAAUGAAUUUGCUCAAUCACUUUCGGAUGUCCUGAUCAACACCAAAGGCAUAACCCGCCUUGCCAGUGACGAUGACGCAUCCGAUAAAAUUGUCAAUGUUGCUAAAACGGCCGGAGAUGUUGGGCUGCGGUUCUUUGAAAACCUCCAAUCAUACAAGCUCGACCUUUUACAGCCAUCACAACGCAAGGAAGUCGCGAUGCGGAAUAAUAGCCAAGCUCGCACCGCACUCACCAAGCUGUCGGAAGUCGUAGAUGGUUUGAUUCCCAAAGGAAAAUCCAAUGCGCUGGCACGUGCAAACGGCGAUUUAGGCGAUCUUGUUGAGCAAGAAAUGUCAAGCGCUGCCCGGGCCAUCGAAGCUGCCACGGAGAGGUUGCAGGAACUUAUGUCUCGUCCAAGGGAUUCCACUCGCUAUAGUGCCAUUGACCUUCAAGUCCACGACUCUAUUCUUUCUGCCGCCAUGGCCAUCACCAACGCUAUUUCUCGACUGAUCAAGGCUGCUACAGAUUCUCAACAGGAAAUUGUAGCUCAAGGCAAAGGAUCCAGUACGACACAACAAUUUUAUAAGCGCAACAAUCGUUGGACGGAAGGUCUCAUUUCUGCAGCCAAAGCAGUCGCAUUUGCUACUAAUUUGCUCAUUGAAAGCGCCGACGGAGUCUUGUCUGGUACUCACUCACUUGAGCAAUUAAUCGUUGCCUCGAACGAAGUUGCCGGUGCAACAGCACAAUUGGUUGCUGCUUCUAGAGUAAAGGCGAACUUAAUGUCCAAGACGCAAGAACGCCUUGAACUUGCUGCCAAAGCCGUAACAGCAGCUUGCAAGGCACUUGUUCGACAAGUCAAAGCCGUAUCUGCGAAGCAAGUGGAGGAGGAGGAUGUCGACUAUAAAAACAUGGCGGUCCUUGAGUUCAAGACGAGGGAGAUGGAACAGCAAGUCGAGAUCCUCAAAUUAGAGAAGGAAUUGGGCGCAGCUCGACAUCGCCUAGGGGCAAUGCGGCGUGCAGGAUACCACACCGAGGAGACUGAUUAA